AUGUCCGCUGCCAUUGCUACCCGGCCUUCUCCUCGGAUCGGCCCCCCGGCCUCACGCACCGACUCGCCCAUGGACCCCAAAAAGGGCCCUUGGAAGUCAGAUGACGCGCAAAGCACCACCUCCGAUCAGAAAGACACGACCCAACCUAACGACGCUGAAACCUCCCAAUCCGCCUCAAAUACUCGUCACCAGGGUCAACAACCACCACAGCAACCACAACAGUCAGGUUCCGAUACACCAGACUAUUUCUCGGGCGUCCACGGCACCACCCAGUUUUCUCUAGAGCCUAAUCCCUUUGAACAAUCCUUCGGCACCCAACCCGCUGACGCCCCGGGAAAAUCUCUUUUACCAUCCGUUGCCGCUCUCACUUCCCCUGCCCUCCCCGGUACUUCGUCAGCUGGUGGCUUCAAUUGGUCCAACUCUCUUCGCGCUGGACCCCUUAGUCCUGCCAUGCUUGCCGGUCCCGCUGCUCCGAGUGACUAUUUUGAUGGUAUCGGUCGAGGCUUCCCCACCCCAAAUGAGUCAUCGUUGCGCACUGGGCUAACCCCAGGUGGUGGUGGCUCCAUGUUCCCCGCUGCUGCAAGUCCAAACACACAAGCUCUGAUGCAACAGUUCCAAGGUGGAGGAGGCGCAACGCCGGCCACUUUGGAUUUCCACCGUACAGCCCUGAAUGCUGCGAGGAAGAAUGCGCGAACUUCGAACCCCCAAGAUUCCUCUGAUCAACUUCUCCAACAACCCGCAAACCUGGACGCUGUCAAGUCUGAGGCACAGGUAGAUCCCUUUGCGCACCAUGACGCGACUGAUGCUGCCAACGGACUUUUCAUGUUAGCCAAGGGUGGUCAAGCAAAUAACGGACAGUUUUCUGUUCCAACAUCACAGCCAGUUGCGCAAAGUCGACCUGCCGAUUCGGGAACCAGUAUUCAGAAUGGGAAUAACGCUGGUCAAGAUAUGAACGGCGGAACAUCAGAUAGCUCUGGUGAGCGCACAAAAUCCAAUGCUCGUAACGGCGGUGGCAAGGGCCGCAAGUCCAGUACAGGGAAAAGUAAUGGGCGACGAAAGGCAGACGAUACCGUAAACAAGGGUGGUAUGAAUAAAAAGACCAAGACGAACAAUGGGACUGCAGUGGAUCAUAGCAUGGAUGACUCUGAAGAAGAGGAGGAUCAUAAACAACAACAAUCUGAGGGGAACACUCAGAAGAUGACUGAUGAGGAGAAGCGGAAGAAUUUCCUGGAACGGAAUCGGGUCGCCGCCCUAAAAUGCCGCCAGCGUAAAAAACAAUGGCUCCAAAGCCUUCAAACAAAAGUUGAAUAUUACAGUAACGAAAACGACGCCCUCUCCUCAACCGUGACGCAGCUGCGGGAGGAGAUCGUUAAUCUCAAAACACUCCUGCUGGCCCACAAGGACUGCCCGGUUUCCCAGGCCCAGGGCCUCAAUAGUAUCAUGGUAAAUAGCAUCAGUGGCGAAUAUGCGCAACAUCCCAAUCCGUACAUGGCUAUGCAAGCCGCCGGGGCGCCUCCCGGUAUCUCCUCACAACCAAUGCCACGGCGAUGA